GUUUACUUCGUCAUUUCCUCCUAUAAUUAUUCAUUUGUGAAAAAUAACGUAAUUUUGAAGAAGAUGGUGAAAUAUUAAAAUUUUAUAUGGUCAUGCUUGUGAGAAGUUUGAGUGACAUCAUUAUCAAACCUGGGAUCAAACAGAUAUUACGCCAAGAAAGAACGAUAAUAAGUGAAUCGGUUAAAACACGUGCUGAUAGUAUGAUGUCGCUAACUGCAAAAGAUAAAUUGUUCAAAUUGAACGAAUCAAGCGAAGACAAGCUUGUUGAACUUGCCUGCGAAGAUCUAGAGAAUAAUAAAGUUGUUUCUCUACCAACUGAUACAAUAUACGGUAUAGCUGCAUUAGUGAAUAGUGAUGAAGCUAUUAACAAACUCUAUGAUAUCAAACAUCGAAAUCGAGUAAAACCUAUUGCCAUCAGUUGUGGAAAUAUUGAUAAUGUUUACUAUUACUCAAACGUUACUAUUUCAGAAUCGUUAUUAUCUAAGCUUUUACCUGGCCCAGUAACAGUUAUAUUUGAAAGAAAAUCGACUCUAAAUCGGAAUUUAAACCCUGAUACGAAUUUAGUUGGAAUAAGAAUUCCAAAUCACCCAUUUGUUCGGAAAAUUUGUAUGAAAUUGAAUUGCGCAAUAGCUUUGACAAGCGCCAAUUUAAGUGAUAAACCUAGUGCUCUGAAAAUAGAAGAAUUCCGCGAAAUUUGGCCCGACUUAUCAAAAAUAUUUGAUGGAGGCGUUAUAGGAAAUACAAUAGAAUCGAGGCUGGGAUCUACAAUUGUUGAUUUGUCGAAAAUAGGAUAUUUUCAAAUAGUAAGAGAAGGUAGUGCAUAUAAGGAAACUGUACAAAUUCUUGAAGAAAAUGGUUUACGAAAUAUGCAAAAUUAAUUUAAGUAAUAAUCGUUUUGUUUGUUUAUUGAUUCUAUCUAAACUUUUAAUAUUCAGAAUAAAAAUGAGAUACUAAGAA